AUGGGCGGCGUCCUCGUCCGGGCCGUCCGCAAGCUGUUUGGCAACGGGAGCAAGAAGACCCGGCUGCUGAUGCUGGGCCUCGACGCAGCAGGCAAGACCACCGUGCUCCACAACCUGGCGCUGGGCGAGGUGGUGGAGACAACGCCUACGCUCGGAUUCAACGUUCGCGGCAUCGAGCAUGAGAAGCUGUCCUUUGACGUGUGGGAUGUUGCCGGCCAGUCGCGGGUCCGCCCGCUGUGGAAGCACUACAUCAUCCAGUCGUGUGGCCUCAUCUGGGUCAUCGACUCGACAGACAUGGAGCGGUUCUACGAGUCCAAGGACGAGCUCGCGACUAUACUGGCUGAGCCUGAGCUCAAGUUUGCGCCCGUCCUCAUCCUCGCCAACAAGCAAGACAUGGAGCACGCAGCCAGCGUUGACACCAUCAUCGAGGAGUUUGAUCUCAUCGACCUCCUUGGCGAGGCGCGGACAUGGACCAUCAUGCCCACCAUCGCCACAGCCACAGAUCCCACCGAGUCGGGCCUUCCGGCCGCCCUUGAGUGGAUGGCCACCGCCUUGAACACCGACGGCGACAGCUGA